AUGGAGAUGAAAAUGGCGGAGGCCCAGGAGUCCAAGGACUUCUCCUCGACGGUCGAAGGCCAGCUGCCAGCUGGUUCUGUUCCUGUCGAAAAGGAGGAGGAGGAAGUGGAGGCAGAGGUCGAGCAGGAAGAGCAGGAGCAGCAGGAGCUCCUCAGCGAGCGAUGGUCUCCGUUGGGAGCCAACUACGAUGACGCGAAUAGCGCCAGCUCUGGCGUGGAUUGCGAACUGGAACCUGGACUGGAGAAAUCGGAGACGCGACGUGGGAGCACUGGGAGCGAACUGGCCCGUCUGCGGAGCAUCGAGGAGGAGCAGGAGCUGCUCACCAGUUCCCUGUUGGCCUUGACCUCCCAUUUUGCCCACGUCCAACUGAGAGUCCGCCAAAUUGUGGAGGCGCCAGCGGAGGAGCGGGAUCAACUGCUACGCGACCUCGAAGACUUUGCCUUUCAGGGCAUUCCGGAGGCAGUUCAGUCCAAGGAGUCCCAGCCGGAAGACGACGCCGUUGAGGGUGAAAAGGAGCCCGGUGCAGAUAGCCAGCUCAUCGAACAACUGAAAUCCCAGCUCACUGAGCUGGAACAAAUAGCCUACGAGGCUGGAGAGCCCGGAAUCCUGCCGCAACACGUGAUGCUCGAGAAGCAAAAGUUCAUCCUGGACGAGCUGCGCUCCAAGCUCAAUCUCCAGGUUGAGCAACACGAGCUGCCUGCCCUCAGCACGGAGCAGUUGCGCCACCAGGUGGACAACGCCAUCGGCGAGUUCGUGGGCCCGCUUAAGAUGAAGGAGCAGCUGGUGGCCCAGCUGAAGACGCAGAUCACCGACCUGGAGCGCUUCAUUGCCUUCCUGCAGUGCGAUGCGGUUGAGGGUUCCGUGGGGGAUCGACUGAAGCUUCUGUCCGGAGCCUACAAUAGCUACGCGGCCAAGCAGACAGCCCGGAGUUCACAAGCAGCUUCCAUUGCCCCGGCCACAGGUGUGGCCAGCGCCCCCGCCACUACUGCUGCUCCUCCUCCGUACUCCGGAGUGGGCUCCCAUUCGCCCGGGGAGAGCUUGCACAGCAAGGCUCACGGACUGCUGGACAAGGCUUCGAUCCUCAUGCAAAUGUUCGCCAGCACUCAUUUGGGGAAGCCAAGAAGCCACGACGAGUUCCAGCAGAACUCGCUGAAGAAGACGCACAAGGGAAACCACUGGGGGGAUCUACGUGCCCAGUUGGAGGUGGACAUCCAGGAAGUGGCUGCCUUGGCCGCCACUUUGAGUUGCGACCGCGAGAAGUUGGCCAAUAUCAAGCGCGCUUUGCGCCAGCAGCAUCAACAGCAGGCUGAGUGCACUUCUUCCUCCGCGGCUGGCCAUUUGGUUAUCAAUUCCCAGAGUGGAGCGCUGACCACUUUGCCACUGCGCUGCCGACGAGCAGUGCCAACUGGUCACGAGCUGGCUCCCUAUGCGGCCGGCGGAGCCAUAUCCUCCGAUUCCGACGAGGACAUCAGCUACUCGAACUUCGAGUGGGAGAAGGAGGGCAAGAGCCGGCGGACGGCGCACAUGCGCGGUGACUCCAUAGCCACGAUUGGCAGGGAACUGACCACGGUGGUGCGCAAGAACUUUGCGCGUACGUUGCAGCAGCUCAUCCAACACGGACUGCGCAUCCCAGCGGAAUCGGCAGCCUCCAGUUUGAUGGUUCCCUUCAUGAGGUGUCUGCAUCCAGCACCUCCGAUGGUCCCGCCGUCAGCUGGAGGGGACUCGCAGUUCCUCGGCUUGGGCAGAGCCAUGCACGCCUGGGAACUGGUACUGGCCUAUUACAGAUUAAAGCACGGCGAGGAGUACAACAACACGCCCGCCCGCAAGUUGUCGCAAAGCUUCCAGCUGGACAUUGUUGACGCCCAGGCGGUGACCGCCAAGCAGAGUUUGCUCAGCGCCGUGGGCAUGAUUUUGGCCAUGCAUCGCCCCUACAAACGGAGCAAUAACGCGCACUUCAAGGCCUUCGUCUGCGCCGGACUCAACUCCCACUUGCUGGUGGAGUGGCUCAACCUGAUCCUCAGCUGCCAUGAGCUGGUGGACACGUACUACUCAGCAAACAGCUACGUGGCCCGCACGGGAUUCCGGGACUCGCUGCGCUCCAUCGACGCUCUAUCCCGAUUUGACUUCGACCUGCCGGUGGACUUGGCCAUCCGACACUUCCGAAAUAUCUAAGCAGCUGACUUGUACAUUUUUGGCUUAGACUAGAUCACACUAUUCAAUGUCCAACGGGGACUUUAGUCCAAAUCGUAUUCUCUCUCUCACUUAAUGUAUAAACUCGUGUAUAUAACUUUAGAUAUGUCCCAUUAAAUCAAUUGCUAAUCCUAACGAAA